CAGGGCGGUGGAGGACGCUUCCCAUUUCCCAAACACGUCUGGACCCCCGCAGGUGGCUGGUGGACCCGCCCCGCCAACUGGCGCGCCAACACCGUAGUCACAUUCGCCGGCAUCUUCGCUGUUGCAUACGGCGUCUUCACCGUCAGCGCUGACCGAGAGGUGCGC